AGAGACUAUCCAGACAGCCGAAUGACCGCUUCAAUCACACUUGCGUGUGAUCGAAACCUAUUGUCUUUCUGUGUUUGCUUUAAUUCUACCGAUAUCCAGCGAUGUUUUAUGGCUCGGGCAGAAAGCCUGGGACAAGUUUUCCUCUUUUUAAUAAGCGGAUUGUAUCAACUGUUGCAAGAUGUGCCACCUGAGGGCUGGAAGAAGAUAUUUGUCUGCUACGACAAUAUUUGCCAAUUGAACCGGCUGAAAGCUGCCUGUGAACUGCUUCCAUUACCUAAACCAUUUGAUGAGAUGUGGUUGCGAGUCAGCAAAAUUAUCGACGGAUUGCACAUUCAAAACCACAAAGAUCCAAGAUGCAGCAAAGAUUAUCACCCGGAUAAUUUCUACUCAACCUAUCCAGAGGCGGAAAGGCGGAACACGAUGGCAGCUGAACAAACGUUUGCGUGGUUGGCGAAAUUCCGGAAACAGCUUAACGCAAUGAAUAAAGCCAAGCAAAUCUUCUUUCUCUAUCGAAUGAUAUUACGGCGUAAUGUCUAUUUGGCAGAAUGUGUAACAGAGAAAAAACAGCCGGUCGGUGGUACAAUGCGUACAUUUACUGACAAAUGAAGCCAUUGCUUACUCUUCAUUGCAGGCUCCUUAGAU